CUCCAGUGACAAGAACGAAGAACGGUUCAGUUACAAAAUCGCAUCCCAUCUCUACGUAUCUGUCAAUUCCGUCAAAUUGUCAAAUAUCAAAAAUAUAUUUUUCUUUUGCAUCUUGUGUUUGGCAGCGGCUGGAAGUUGUCAGAGAGAAAAACUCAAAAUGUCGUCGAAAGUGUCUCGUGAUACACUUUACGAAUGUGUGAACGCAGUAUUGGACACUGCCAAGGAGAAGAAAAGGAAUUUUUUGGAAACCGUUGAGCUUCAAAUCGGUCUCAAAAAUUACGAUCCCCAAAAGGACAAACGUUUCAGUGGAACCGUCAAAUUGAAGCACAUUCCUCGUCCAAAAAUGCAAGUAUGCGUUUUGGGAGACCAACAGCAUUGCGACGAAGCUAACGCUAACAACGUCCCAAAUAUGGACGUCGAAGCUUUGAAAAAAUUGAACAAAAACAAAAAGCUCGUCAAGAAACUAGCUAAAAAAUACGACGCUUUCCUCGCUUCUGAAGCUCUUAUUAAACAGAUCCCCAGGCUUUUGGGUCCCGGUCUUAACAAGGCCGGUAAGUUUCCCGGUCUUCUUUCCCACCAGGAGUCCAUGACUCAGAAAAUCGACGAGGUCAAGGCCACCAUCAAAUUCCAAAUGAAAAAGGUACUUUGUCUUUCUGUUGCUGUCGGACACGUAGAUAUGAACGUGGAUGAGCUCGUACAAAACGUCCAUCUUUCGAUCAAUUUCUUGGUUUCGUUGUUGAAGAAACAUUGGCAAAAUGUGAGAUCGCUUCAUGUCAAAUCUUCCAUGGGACCUUCGCAGAGAUUGUAUUAAUUUAUAAUUUUAUAUUUUUUUACAUGCUGACUGAAGUGUGUAUGAAAUAAAUCUUAUUAAGUUUAAA